GGAGUGUGCUUUUAACAAAUUAAAGUCUGAUUCAGCGCUCGAAGUCUCAUUCCAGGGAAACAUGAGAGUCAUAGGUGAUCAAAAGUGUAAUCGCUGGUAUUUCAAGUUCAAUGGAAACGAAUGUAGUGGACCAAUGACGAUUGAGGCUGCUGUUUACAACGACUGGUCAUCAGGGAACCCUAAUCUGCUGCAUCAUCGGUCAUUUGAAGGAUACUGUGAAAACAUUCCACAAGGCGCAGUUAAAGUGGAAUUUUGGGUAGGAAAGUGUAGUAGUGGUCACGCCCUUGGUGAUGCAUACACCGGAUGGGAGUCAGUGUCCCGGAUAAUGAUUGAAGAAGUAUCUAGGCCCCAGUCAUAG